UUCCCCUUCUUCUUAACGGCUCUCUCUUUCUCUCUCGCAUACUCGCACAGUAGUAGUAGCAGCAGCAGAAGAAGAAUGGGAAUGGAGUUGCUGCCCUCAACAAAUCAAGCGUCCGAAGCAGCUGCUGCCGCUGCCGGUGGUAGUGGUGGUGGAUCUCAACACAUUUAUUGCCGUAAACAGAAAUCUCUCGGCCUCUUAUGUUCCAAUUUCUUGAGAUUAUACGAUAGGGAAGGUGUCGAGACUAUAGGGCUUGACGACGCCGCUGCUCGUUUGGGUGUUGAGAGGCGGCGGAUCUAUGACAUAGUCAAUGUCUUGGAGAGCGUUGGUGUUCUUGCUAGGAAGGCCAAAAAUCGCUAUACUUGGAAAGGUUUUGGCGCAAUUCCUUCUGCCUUGCAACUUCUUAUGGAAGAAGGUAUGAUGACGAAUGAGAAUGCAAAUGAUGGAACUUGGUCUGUAAAAACUUCAGAUGAUGAGGAGGACGAUACCUACUCAAGUCUUAGCAACUACUCAAGUCAGAAUCACAACUUCAACCCCAUUUCUGCUCCAAAGCUUCCACAGUCAUCCAAAUAUGCUGACAACAGGAAAGAGAAGUCUUUGGCAUUGCUCACCCAAAACUUUGUUAAGCUAUUCCUUUGUAUGGAUAUGGACAUGAUUUCUCUUGAUGAUGCUGCAAAGAUAUUGCUUAAGAAUGGAAAGGAUCCUGCAAUGACAAGAAGUAAAGUCAGAAGGCUGUAUGACAUUGCCAAUGUGUUGGCUUCAAUGAAAUUUAUUGAGAAGACACAUCAUCCAGAAACAAGAAAACCUGCUUUUAGAUGGUUGGGUAUGAAAGGUAUAUCUGAAAGCGGAGCUGAUCCUUCAGCUAUUGAUGGGUCUAAGAAAAGGGCAUUUGGGAUGGAUCUGACAAAUAUGACUGUUAAGAGGAGUAAGGUGGAACCGGUGGGGGAUGGAGGAUUGCAACAGGGCAUGAAGGUACAACUUAAAGCACAAGUAAAACGUGAGGCUUUGGAAGAUGAGGUUCUUCGGCCGAAAUUGCAGAUCGACUCAAGAGCCAGCACAAAAAGUUACCGGUUUGGCCCUUUUUCCCCUGUGAAUGCACCACAAGUCGCAGCUUCUGAGGAUAACAAAGAAACACAGAGUCAUGAUUGGGAAAGUCUAACAGCUACUUAUCGCCCUCAGUACCAUAAUCAAGCUUUGAGAGAUCUUUUUGCACAUUAUGUGGAAGCUUGGAAAUCUUGGUACACUGAAGUUGCUGAGAACCCGAUACAACUGAUCUCCUAAAACUUGCUUUUUGUAUAGUCAUUACUUGUACUCACAAAGCACGGCAACUAAGCUCUGAGAUUCAUUUCAUGGCAGAGUAGAUAAUCUCCAUGCAUCAGCCACAAAGUUUACACUCUGUAAAACUCAAAUUCAAUAUUGAUUUCAAUAAUACAUUACCAGAGUGAAGAUCCA